UUACUGUAAGUUCGUACAGUCCUACAUUGUUAUUUGUGAGCAGACGACGUGGUUACUGGAAAUGUAAAAUCGUAUACGAGCUCUGCAUUAAGGAAGUUUACGAGUUCAAGUUCGUUCUUUCGCCUUACGAUUGCGAAUCGUCUUGUGAAAAACGGUACGUUAAAAGUAGCGUAAAAAAAUCAUGCUGCUCUACCGUAUCCUGUGCAUCGUUUGAGGUCAAUCGCACUUGCAUAACUGAAAAUAAGUUUUGUGAAACGGCUAGAAAUAAGGCUCUUGAAAAGAUUUCGAAGGUCAAAACAAAUGUCGCGAAAAUUCUGGGAAACUUGGACGAUGCAAGAAAAAAUCUAUCCUACUGGAAAAUGAAGAGAGAAAUAUUGUUUAAUAAAGUUCGUUCAGCGUCACGUGUUAUGAAAGCAUACCAGGACGCCGUGCGUAGCCUCGAGAAAGCUUUCAAUGUCACAGUGGAAAAUCGAAAAAAGACAUUGAAAAUUUUGGAAAAGCCAAUGAUGUUGAGAAAUCUUGUCAACAAAUUUGGGGAACUGCGUAUUAGGAUAGAGGAAAUCAAAUUUUCAGUGAAAGUAAUUCCUGGACGCAAUACUACCUUGCUUCCACUAAAUAUUAAGGUGACUCUUGAUGGAAACCAAGAGAAACAAGUGUCCACUGUGCUGGAUUUUACAAACUUCAACCGAUCUUUGCGGAGCAUUGCGAAGGAGAUUCUAGGUGUGUAUUUUGGAGAUGUGACUCGUGUGUCGAGGAUGAAACGCUCAACGGAUACUGCAAAUUCGACAAAUGACUCGAAAUUCUUCACAUUGCAAACUUUUCACCGAUUAUGUUCAGAGUUUCGAAACCACAAGCAAACCUUGUAUCAAGCUGCGAUGUCUCUUUAUAAUUUGUCCUAUGAGAAUCAGCAACUUCUUGAAGAGGAAAGGCAAAGAGAAAGGGAUUUUUUUAUAAACGACACUGCUAUUUUUGAAAAUUUUAAAGUAAACCAUACGAAAGCGUCGGAACUAGGCCUCGUAGUAAACUACAAUUCCUACUCGAACGUGCUUGCAAAUGAUCCAGAACUAUCUGUGGCAAAACAUUUUCAACAGGAAGCUCUCAAGAACGAGUUUGAUGUUGUCCAUCUCAGCUCUACUUUGCUCUUUAAGAAUUGGCUGGUAACGAUGGAAAACAUUUUUAAAGAAUUAUCUGACGAGUGCAGUGGUUUUAAUGAUUGUCUGAAAUAUACCAUAGACAGUUUAUUGGAACUUGUUUCGGACACAAACAGGCCUGAAUCGGAAAAACUACGACGAGAAAUAAGAAAUGUCGAGGAAAUGUAUAACAACUUGACGCGACAAUCGAAUGUGAGUGUCAGUGAUGCAGUGCUAAUGUCAUGGGAUAUUUUGCAGACCUUGAAAAACAUGACUGGUGAAGAAGACGUUUGCGCACGAUCGCCAAAUAUAACAAAACAUCCAACGCCAUUUAUCCAGCUAAGUAUGAAUAAGACACUUGUUUUAACGUGCAAUGCUACUGGAGAUUCUCUCGCUUACCAAUGGCAGCUUAACGGUGAAAAUUUAAAACAUCAAACUGCAAAUAUAUUGCGAAUAAAGAAUGUGAGUCCAUUAAAUUCUGGGAAUUAUUCUUGUGAUGUUUCGAAUCACGUAGCGAAGGCAUCUUCAAUCCCCACGGUGGUUGUUAUUGGUGCUCCGCCGUUGAUUGUUCGUUAUCCUGUCCGUCGUCUCAACGUUAUUCUAUCCGGAUAUGGCACACUCAUUUGUGAGGCGAAAAUGGAUUCCCGCAACAUCUCUUAUCAAUGGUGGUUUAGUCAGUCGAAGUCCGGUUCUUUCGUGCCAUUACCAAAUGAAACAUUUUCUCAUUUAAGUUUUGCUCCAGUAAAAUCCUUUCAUGAAGGAUGGUACUUUUGCAACGUCUCAAAUCCAUUCGGCAACGCCAUUACGCAGAAGAGUUUUGUCAAAGUGUUGAAGUACAGUCUUCCAGUACCAAUUGCUAAGCUCUCAUUGACAAUCAUAUCUGAGUCUUCGAACAAUUUUUCAAUUUUAUAUAAAGAUGCACUGGCUAAGGCACUCGCUUUUCGUUUGGCAACCCCUAAUAAAACUCUGCUGCCUGAAAAAAUUAUUAAAGACCUAAUUCCAACAAGUUGUAGACAUAUUUUGCACCGUGAAGACGAAUUUGGUCGCACAGAUACGUGUGAUUGGACAUUUAGCAUAAUUGGUGAUAACGUUACCUCAAGCGCAGAACACAUUGCACCACCACAACAGAUUAAAAAAAUCGUCAGCUCAACUUCCAGGCUUAAAGGACAGAUCGUUUUUUCUCCCCGAAAAAUUCUCUGGGGAUAA